CGCUACGCAAAGCUGUCGAAACUGAAUGGCUAACAAUAUCAGCAACAAUACUCAUAAGGCCUCCGGCCAACAAGAUUGUAUUCGAAUUCCUCCCUCAGAGUGUAUCCCAUGGGCAAUUGUACUCACUGCUGAAUGUCUGGCUAUAGUCAUCCUAAAUAUCAUCACCAUUAUUGUAUUUGUGAAGCAGCGCGAACAACGGCGCCGGAGUACAUACUUGAUCAUCCAUCUGGCGAUAGUUGAUGUCCUCGCCGGGGCAGCCUCUGGACCUCUUCUUAUAGAACAUAGAAUAGCAGAGUAUUGUCAUCUGUGGAAGUUCGAUUUCAAUGGGAAUCCGAAGUUACUUCACCUAAAAUCUGUUUUUGGAUUUUUUCCAGUUAUCUCGCUUAUCAAUCUCGCUGUUAUUUCCUUAGAAAGACUACACGCAACAUUUUUUCCAUUCAGGCAUCUUUUAGUCAAGAAACAGGUAUAUAUAAUUGUGAUCACUUUCAUUUGGCUGACGAUUGCAGGCAUACAAGUACCAGAACAGCUGCGUCUUCUAAGCGACUUAAACUAUUAUAUUUUAUAUUUUUCGUACUUCGUUAUUCCACUUUGUGUAAUUUUGUUUUCUUAUAUUAGUAUCUUUGUAAAGGUCCGUUACGGUGGUCAUCCACAAAACCAUGGUGCAGUUAGUCAGAGAGAUAGAAAACUGACCCAUACCCUCUUUCUCGUAACCCUCGCGUCGUUAUUGACAUGGUUUCCGGUGAUGAUAUAUCAAUUUCUGCUUAUUUUUGAAAUCCAGUCAAAUCUUUCUUGGCAGUCAGAGUUUCAUAUCGAGAUGACGUGGCAAACCAUCUACUUCGCAAACUCAUUCAUAAAUCCGGUGAUCUACGCCCAGCAGAUGCCACGGUUUAGAACGACUUUAUUACAACUAUUCCACAGAAAUGUAAGUCCCUCACACCCAGUCGAAUUGCCGCUUCGGAAUUUGUAAAGAAACUCACAAUACCUUCAAUCAUGUAUCAAAAACUGCUUUAUAAUAAAAGAAAAGUGCAUAACGAUUGAAGAGGAAAGAUGGGCAGACACAAUGACACUGACUAAAAUGUUUAAGAUGAUUUCCCAAUACCUUUAGCCAGCUAAGAUUUUAUUCAGCGUUCUACUUUAAGUUGAAGACAGCGCUAAGCAGGAUACAACUGUGAUAAUAAUUAUUAUCGAACACACAUCAAAAAUCGUAAUAAAAUAUUAAAAUUUACUGUUUAUACUUCAUCGGGAGAAGUUAAUAAAAUCAGUUGAUCACAUCGCGUGAUGAAGGCUGUGUCUUCGAUUCGCAUUAGAAGUGACUUCAUCAGGAGGGCAUAAUUAGUUGCGAAAGGUUUUACGACGAGACAAACAGUGGCGGUUAUAGUUUACCGGAAAGGAUUAAGGGCGAGAAUGUUUCCCAGGUAAAUGAAUAUGGUGCUUUUUAGGAUCUGCUCGAUGUUAUUGUCUUCAGCUUUGAAAAUUAUGGAGAUACUGGUUCGGUGAGAUCACCGGCUCAAAAUUCAUUUCAAUAAGAAGUCAAACGAUGUAAGCUGGUGCCAGCGCUUUUCGAGUAACUUGUGUACGUGAUGAAAGGAUGAAAAAGAUGUCCACGUCUGCUCCUGUAAGGCCGUGGGCGGGCAUUUAUUUAGUACCACAAAAAAAGGGAACACGUACACCAAGAUAUAUUGAUGUUUACAAAAAAA